UUAGUUCCUCUCUACCGGAUACUCAAAUCCCUAGUGGACCUCCGGAAUUCUAAACUCGUAUUGUUCUCGGACAGAGAUUUGCCUCACCACUACUGCCGAACUCCCAGUCCUGCGCACCAAUGAGGUCUCACUCUUACGAUUCUUUCCCGAAAGGAAAUUUGGUAGUCAAUGACUGUUUCCGGGGGGAGCUGAGAAGGUGAGUCUCACUUCCGGCGGAGGGAGGCUUUCUGACCCGGGAUGGAGGAGGCGGAGGAGCUGCCCUUGGAGUGGGAGAGACUGCAGUUCGCCCCCGAUCCACGCCUGGGACCGGACUCAGGAUGGAGCCCUUCCAGAGAAGGCUGUGCACAGGGACUCAAAGACCUCUCGCCCGGACCCACCCGAGCCAUCCUCGCUCUAAAGAGCCUCCCGCGGGGCUUGGCCCUUGGCCCCUCACUCAUCAAGGAGCAGCGCUUGGGGGUCUGGUGUGUUGGGGAACCCUUGCAGCCAGGACUGCUCUGGGGGCCACUGGAAGAGGAGUCUGUCUCCGAGCAGAAGGGCCAUGGAGUGAAACCAAAGCAGAAGGAGGACGUGUCACUAGGCCCAUGGGGAGAUGUGUGUGCUUGUGAGCAGAGUUCAGGCUGGACUAGUUUGGUGCAGCGGGGAAGGCUGGAGGGUGAGGGAAACGUGGCCCCAGUGCGGAUCAGCGAGAGGCUCCACCUGCAGGUGUACCGGGUCGUGCUGCCAGGUUUUGAGCUGCUGAUGUGGCCCCAGCCUCCCUCGGAGGGCCUGAGCCCCACCCAGCCCAGGCUAGAGGAAGAGGCAUCCUUGGCUGUGGUGACAGAAGUGGAGUCUGCUGUACAACAGGAAGUGGCCUCCCCCAGGGAGGAUGCAGCAGAACCUUGCACGGAUCCUGGUCACCAGUCACAGCCCCGCAUCCAGGCGGUGAGCCCUGGACUUAAGCCCCGAAUCCAGGACCAAGUUUCCAAGGAGAGCGAGCCACUCGGCCCAUUGCCUCAGGAUGGCCGUGUAGAUGAGGAGGACCCACCCCAGACCCAGAUGCCACCUGAACCUCAGAGCAGCUCCACUCCCCAGCAGGGCCCUGAGAGCAGUGAGGCAAGUUCUUCAUCUUCUGCCAGGGGCCCCCAGCUGCAUGCUUACCUAGUCAGGAAGUUGCGUAGCCCCAGUGAUCAGCGGCCACCCAGAGCGAAGACCUCAGAGCCUGGGGCCCAGCAGAGUGGAGAGCAGCAGCACCCUGGCUUCCCCGCAUGCUUGCGGAGCGCCCCUGGCCCGGUGGGAGGCUCUCCGAAGCGGGGGCGACGGUACCGCUGUGCCGAGUGUGGCAAGGCCUUCCUGCAGCUGUGCCACUUGAAGAAGCAUGCAUUCGUGCACACGGGCCACAAGCCCUUCCUUUGCACCGAGUGUGGCAAGAGCUACAGCUCAGAGGAGAGCUUCAAAGCCCACAUGCUGGGCCACCGUGGGGUGCGGCCAUUCCCCUGCCCUCAGUGCACCAAGGCCUACGGCACCCGGCGAGACCUCAGAGAGCACCAGGUUGUACACUCGGGUGCCCGGCCCUUUGCUUGCGACCAGUGUGGCAAAGCCUUCGCCCGCCGGCCCUCCCUGCGGCUGCAUCGCAAGACACACCAGGUGCCAGCGACCCCUGCCCCGUGCCCGUGCCCUGUGUGCGGGCGGCCCCUGGCCAACCAGGGCUCCCUGCGGAACCACAUGCGGCUCCACACGGGGGAGAAGCCCUUCCUGUGUCCACACUGCGGCCGGGCGUUCCGCCAGCGGGGCAGCCUGCGCGGGCAUCUGCGGCUGCACACAGGGGAGCGCCCUUACCGCUGCCCACACUGCGCUGAAGCCUUCCCCCAGCUGCCUGAACUGCGGCGCCACCUCAUCUCCCACACUGGGGAGGCCCACCUGUGCCCCGUGUGUGGGAAGGCCCUCCGGGACCCCCACACGCUGCGCGCGCACGAGCGCUUGCACUCAGGCGAGAGGCCCUUCCCGUGCCCCCAGUGCGGCCGUGCUUACACGCUGGCGACCAAGCUGAGGCGCCACCUCAAAUCCCACCUGGCCGACAAGCCCUACCGCUGCCCCACCUGUGGCAUGGGCUACACUCUCCUCCAAAGCCUCAAGCGGCACCAGCUCAGUCAUCAGCCCGAGGCACCCUCCAGCCCACCCUGUGUGCCACCUGCCUCUUCUGAGCCCACCGUGGUGCUCCUGCAGACCGAGCCAGAACUAUUGGACACGUGCAGUGAACGGGGCGGGUCCCCAGCCCCGGACGUCUUCGAGGUCACCCUUUCCGAGAGCCAGGAUAAGUGCUUUGUGGUGCCCGAGGAGCCAGGUCCUGCUCCCAGCCUGGUGCUCAUCCAUAAGGACGUGGGCUUUAGCACCUGGGCAGAAGUGGUAGAGGUGGAGACGGGCACCUGACCACCCUCAGCUUCCCUCAGCAGAGCUCUGUAUAAAGACUGGUGUUUCUGA